CCGCUUCCCCAUGAUCAGCAAUACCAACAGCAUGGAUGACUUCGAGACUGAGGAAGACGAGCCCUGGUAUGAUCAGCAGGACUUGGAACAAGACCUGCAUCUUGCGGCAGAAUUGGGCAAAACCCUUCUCGAGCGAAACAAGGAGUUGGAAGAUUCGCUGCAGCACAUGUAUGCAACCAACCAGGAGCAGGUCCAGGAGAUUGAGUACCUCAGUAAACAGCUGGAGAUGCUGCGGCAGAUGAACGAGCAGCAUGCCAAGGUGUAUGAACAGCUGGAUGUGACCGCCCGUGACCUGGAACUCCACAACCAGAGGCUGGUGCUGGACAGCAAGGCAUCGCAGCAGAAGAUAGACCGGUUGACAGAAACAAUUGAAAGUUUACAGAGCCAGGUGGAUGCUCUGCAGAGCCAGGUGCAAGAAAUGAGGAACAUGGAUCAAUUGCGAGUCCGCAGGGAUAAACGGGAACGCCGGAAAACUAUCCACACGUUUCCGUGCCUGAAGGAACUGUGCGCCGUGCCCAGGUAUGGCUGUCAGGAGGAGACGCUGCCGGGGACCGGGAGCCUGGCUGAGCCUGAGCACAAGCGCCUGGAGAAGGAAAAUGAGAGGCUGCGGCUGACGGCGAACGCCCUGAGGCUGCAGAUCAGCCAGGAGAGGCAGCGCAAGGAGGCGGCGGAGCGGGAGUGCGCAGCCGUGCUGGGUGAGUACACGGAGCUGGAGCGGAGGCUGGGCCAGAUGGAGAGCUGCAAGCUGAGGGUGCGGGAGCUGGAGGCCGAGCUACAGGAGCUGCAGCAGAUGAAGCAGGUGAAGCGGUACCUGCUGAGUGGCGAGGACCGUCUGUCAGAGGCCCUACUCGAACCCCUCAACAACGCGCCUGAGUCAGAUGACGGGGUCCCGGCAGACGACGAUGACGAUGACGACACCGCUGCCACGGAGCAGGGCUGCGUGAGAAAGAGCUGCAGCGACACUGCGCUGAGCGCCAUCAUCGGUCGCGAUGACGUGAGCCGCCACGAGGGCAACUACACGCUGCACGCCAACAAUGUCCGCAAGCGGGGCAUGUCGAUCCUGCGGGAGGUGGACGAGCAGUACCACGCCCUGCUCGACAAGUAUGAGGAGCUGCUGGGAAAGUGCCGGCGCCACCAGGAGGGCCUGCGCCACGCGGCCGUGCAGACCUCGCGGCCCGUCUCCCGGGACAGCUCCUGCCGGGAUUUCCUGCUCGAGUGCCUGGAGGUGGACCUGAAGGCCCCGGACAAGAGCCUCAGCCUGAGCCAGCAGGUGGAGGCGGCCGACAAGAGGCUGGGCCACUCUCAGCCCGAGUACAAGGCCCUCUUCAAGGAGAUCUUCUCCCGCAUCCAGAAGACCAAGGCCGACAUCAGUGCCAGCAAGUCCAAGAGCCGGGCCUCCAACUGACCGAGACCGUGAGGCAGAGCGCCAUCUUGGAGCACCGUCCAAUAGAAGAUGCUCAUUCUGAAUCCUCUAUGCCAAUUGGAAGGCAGCUGUUUGAUAGGAAUGUCUGGGUAUGGGCCUGUUGCAUUAAGCCGACCCGACAGUGGUCAGCUUCCCCCUCCCCACAAGCUUGCAGACAGACACGUCUUUCUGAGGCCACAAACGUUCACUUUUCAAGAUGUUUGGUAUUCUCAGGGUGACACACGCGCGCUUACACUCCAUCUUGUCUUGCCAUGAAGGAGCCCUGUUGUCCUGUCACCAUGGUGAUGCUACCCUCUCCCAUUCCUGAAUCACAGGCCCACUUGUGUUUUUUCCUGAAUGCGGUCUGUUUCAGUGUUACUCCAGGAUCAGCUCUCAUCGGCUGCUCAUUCUGAACUUCAGUGCGUUCCUUGUAAGGGAAUGUGCCUGUUUAUGGCACCCAGACAGUCGCCUCCUUUGAAACCACCUACUAGUAAAGCAGUCAUCAUCUUCAGAGGCUGUAGGGUUCUUAAACCACAGGAAUGUGCUUCAGACAUUGGUGCUUGGUAUAAGAUAUGGGGGUUAGUGCUUCUGACAGGUUGGCUGACAGAAGAUCGAACUUGCAUGUCCAGGGACCAUUGCUGUUCAGUGCAACCCACUGUCCUCUAUGUAUUACCACUUGGUUUUGGCACAGAGUGAGCUGUUACUGUGUUUACACAGUUUGUUACUUGACUUAAUGAUCUGACCACCUGUGUGUGGGUCCUGCUAAUGUGACUGUUGAUGGGUUUGGUGGGUGGUUGGGGUGGGUUGACGAGGGUUGUCGGUGCUGUGGGAGGCAGGGAGGGGGUUUGAGGGGACACUAUGCAAUAAUGUAAUUGCUUUCACAAAUGUAAUUCUAUGUCUGGGGUGGGAGGGAGAUGCAGUAAUUUGGCUUUUGGACCUGGUUCCUGCGCUCUCUCGUGCAUGAAGAUUUGGUCUGGUGUGUUUUAUCUCUGCCUUCACUACUUGUUGGUAUCUGAUGGGUUUCAUGGUCAAGAGUUUCUCUGUCAUUUGCUCCCUCUCUCUCCCGAAGUUGCUGUCUUUCAUUGAGCUAACCCAGUGGCUGAGCCCUGACAGUGAGGGUGGCACUGCAGAUGGAGAAUAUUUAACCAGACUUCUGUUUCAAAUCUCUGUCCGGCGUCACUGUCUUUCCACUUACAUUGAGAAGUUCGCAGUCAAUCCCAGCUUCUGGGCUAAUGUAGUUCCGUUUUCACUGUGUUAAUGGUGCUUGUAUUUCACUCAAUGUGCAAUACUUUCUAAUUGACAGUAUUCUGUGUAAUUUAGCACUGUCUUCCCAGAGACAAUGUGGUGAAAUUUGAGGAAAGGGGCCCUUUUGGGCCUUUGCUGAAAACAGACUCUAGCCCAGCCCAGCCUUCUGAGGUCACUGCCCUCACAUAGUGGAGAGAUGUUUGGAAAAGGCCUUGUGGUUUGGGGGUGGAGUGGGCCUUCUGCUCCACAGGUCAGUGAGGGCCCUGGAGGAAGCGAGAGCCUUAUGAUAUCCCAAACCAUCUUGGGGAAUGGGCGACACCAGUAAACAUGGAGCUACUAUCUCCAUGCUAAUUACAGCUUCACAAGCCCCCUUUAUCUUCUCUGAAUCCUCUGGGGGGGACUCAGGGGACUGGCUCAGUGCACUGUGUUGGGUGGCGAAGCUUUAUCCAUUCCAUAAGCCAGGAGCUCCCCAUUAGCCCAGGCAGUGGAUGUCCCAUUACCCUGCUCCAUUGAGGUCUUCUCUCGCAUGCUUCUGAGAAAACGAGGAGAUUUGGCACAGGAUGAUUUCACUCCCUGGGCUGAUCCCUGUCCGAGCAGAAUUCUGAAAGCAAGGAAUCUCGGGGCCCCAUUUGCUGCUGCAGUGCGAGCUAGUGGCUGACAUUGCAGAGACAUGGGACCCUGUGUCAACUAUUUUCACUGCCUGGCACUUCCUGUAGGUUCAGGGGCAGAAACAAACCCAGAGGCUGAGUCACAUGGUGCAAAAAGGGGGUUGCUUGAGGCUCCAGCCCCCAUUGUUUAGUCUGUUUGUAUGUUUUACAGCUUCCACUGUGGUUGUGGAGGCUCGACUGAAUGGCCUGAGCUUGGAGGUGAAGAACACGGUGGUCAAAUAGAACCAGUUCAAAUUGACAUUUCCCAGUGUUUGCCUGGGGCUGAAGGAUUGGGAGCUGGUGAGUGCGGAAUCCAAUCAAGAAGAUACUCAGUGGUGAUGUGUGGAUGCUGUAGUGUGUGAGGGGUCCUGGAUGUUGAUUCUGCUCCUUCUCCAUGACAUGAGGGUAACACAUGUUACAGAUAAGUGCCAAAACCAUAUUUAAAACAUUUUUUGUUUAAAAAAGCUAUAAUUUCAGAAUAAGUACUAAACCUCUUGGUCCUUGUUUGAUUUGGAGAUUAAAAGGAGAUAUUGCUGUUA